UCUUUAAUUUUCUUAACGCCGUUACAUUUGCCUGUAUGGCUUUGUUCUUUUCUCACGUGUUGGCGGCUUCGAAGCACGCGAUGGUAACUGAAGAGCAAAUUAAAAAGAUCGGAUCAGUGCUGAAUAACAAGGAGCGUCCGCUGAAAGAACGAUUCCGUGCUUUAUUUACACUGAAAAAUCUGGGAGGUGAGGAUGCAAUUGGGGAGAUAAGUCGUGCAUUCGCCGAUGAUUCAGCGCUGUUAAAACAUGAAUUGGCCUAUUGCCUGGGGCAAAUGCAAGAUAAAAAAGCAUUGGACAUCCUAACAAAAGUUCUAGAAGAUACUGCACAAGAACCCAUGGUGCGUCAUGAAGCUGCUGAAGCGAUGGGUGCCAUAGGGGAUGCGAGCAUCAUACCGAUUUUGGAAAAGUAUAAAAAUGAUCCAGUGGUUGAAGUGUCGGAGACGUGUUCAAUUGCACUCGAUCGCGUUAAAUGGAUUCAGAGUGGCCAAAGUGUGGACGAUACAAAUCCCUAUGCAUCAGUGGAUCCCUCACCGCCAGCGGAAAACAAAUCAGUCGUAGAAUUGAAAGCUAUUUACUUGGACCCAAAACAAAGUUUAUUUGAUCGCUACCGAGCCAUGUUUAGUUUGCGAAAUCUAAGAACGGAAGAAGCCGUUCUGGCCAUUACCGAAGGUUUAAAGGAUUCCUCGGCCUUGUUUCGUCAUGAGGUAGCCUUUGUUUUAGGUCAAUUACAAGCACCAUGCAGCAUACCUUUCUUGAAAGAGAACUUAGAAGAUAGACUGGAAAACGAAAUGGUACGUCAUGAGUGUGCUGAAGCGUUAGGAGCCAUUGCCACCGACGAGUGCAUCGAUAUCUUAAGCCGCUAUGCUGAAGAUGAAAAGCGCGUUGUCAAGGAAUCCUGUGUUAUUGCUCUGGAUAUGUGUGAGUACGAGAACAGCCCAGAGUUCCAGUAUGCUGAUGGCUUAUUAAAUUUGAAAAAAUAAAUAAAUAAUAACCACGAUGUUUUUUUUAGUAAUUUUUAAAAAUACAUACUAUACUUUAGUAUUAUUUAACAAUUAA